AUGGGUGGCCAAAUAUCACUAUUGGUACAAACAUCUGCUUCCAUAGGUAUAUUUUCAUAUAUUGACGUCUUGGACAAUGUUCACUACAUCUCACAAGUCAAUUCAUCUAGAUUUUUGAAAACUGUUAAAGCAUUAGAUCCCAAUGGAGAAAUUAUCAUUAAAGUAUUUGUGAAACCAACAGGGUCAUAUAAACUUCCCAAAAUAAAAAAUGCAUUGCUAAUAGAGUCUCAGCUAUUAGCCCCUGUGCCAAAUGUUUUGAAUUAUAGUAAAUUAAUUGAAACUAAUAGAGCGGCAUAUUUACUACGGCAAUAUAUGAAGAGUAAUUUAUAUGAUAGGUUAAGCACAAGACCUUACUUGAAUAAUUCUGAGUUAAAGUUUAUUACAUUCCAGUUAUUGCAAGCAGUUAAAAACAUUCAUGAUUUAGGAAUUUGCCAUGGUGAUCUGAAAACGGAAAAUAUACUAGUUACUAGCUCUAAUUGGAUUUUUUUGACUGACUUUGCAUCUAUAAUUAAACCAGUGUAUCUUCCAGAGGACAAUCCAAGCGAGUUUUUCUUUUAUUUUGACACAUCUAAGAGAAGAAUAUGUUAUGUAGCACCUGAAAGGUUUGAUUCACAUAAAACCAACACUCCAGGAGAUGAUACAGAAGACAGUUAUGUAGUAACGAUACAGAUGGACAUAUUCAGCCUUGGAUGUUGUAUUGCUGAAAUUUACUCAGAAGGACUAGCGUUAUUUGAUUUAUCUCAAUUAUUCAAAUACAAAAACAACGAGUAUCACGUUGAUGAUAUACUGCAAGCACAGUUGAUUUCAAGUGAAAUGAAACCUUUGAUUCUUGAUAUGAUUAAUAUUGACCCCCAAAAGCGUUUAUCUACUGACCAAUUAUUAAGCAAGUAUAGAGGUAAUAUAUUUCCAGAAACUUAUUAUACAUUUACUUAUGAUUAUUUUAGAGAAUUGUCAAUAAUGAAUACAAGUGUACCCACAAAUGGAGAAAUAUCUUCAAAUUCAAUUUUAGAAAAUAAAUGUGAUGUAUUAGAUGAAUGUUGCAAUAAAAUAUAUAAAGAUUUUGAAAAGAUUUGUGCCUCUUUGGGUUACUGCGUAGAUGAAAAUAUCAGUUUAGAGAACUCAGAUCUUAAUGAUGAAUAUGCUAGCUUUCUAACCUUUGACAUUUCUUUACAAAUAAAGAACAUACUUCCAGAUAUGGAAAUGGAUACCGACAAAGAUAUUACAGAUAAUCAUUCCUUUAUAUUUUUUCUUUCAUUCCUGUGCCAUGCUUUAAGAAAUUUGGUUAGUAGAGAAUCAAAAUUAAAAACACUGCAAUUAAUAUUAUCGUUUUCUCGUUUUGUUGAUGAUGAACACAAGUUUAAUCGAAUAGUACCUUACUUUGUGUCUCUUUUUGAAGAUUCGGAUCCAAAUGUUCAAUCAUUUUCUCUGCGAUGUUUAUCAGAAUUACUGUCUAAUGUAAAUGAAGUAACUCAACUAAAUGAAAAUAUUUUUGUUGAUUAUUUAUUCCCAAGGAUUCGAAAAUUACUAUUGGCAUCCAAAAAUAACACAUAUGUUCGAAUAGUGUUAGCUAGCUCUAUCAGUAAUCUAGUUGAGAAUGCAUCAAGAUUCCAAGACUUGUUUAUAAAAUCAUAUUCAAAUGGUAACGAUGAAGAUUGGAUUGUAGACUUGGAAACCUUAGAUAUUACUAACAGGUAUAUGAAAAAGCUUUCUGAACAAAUCGAACAAAUAACAAUUUUGUUAUUGACUGAUACAGAUGUUGCUGUUAAGAAAGCAUUACUAAAUAAUAUAUUAAGCCUCUGUAACUUUUUUGGAAGAGAAAAGACUAACGAUAUUAUAUUGAGUCAUUUGAUAACAUAUUUCAAUGAUAAAGAUUCUAGUUUACGAAUAGAGUUCAUUGAAUUAAUACCAGCCAUCUCAGUGCUAUUGGGUCCAAUGUCUAUACAACAAUAUAUUCUACCCUUAUUGAUACAGACUAUCACUGAUCCUGAGGAGUUAGUAAUUGUUUAUGUUCUACAGAGUUUAAAAGAUAUAUGUACAACAGGUUUAGUUGAAAAGAAGUCGUAUUUUGAUAUUUGUCGAACAGUGGCACCGUUGUUAUUACAUCCGAAUACAUGGAUAAGACAAUUUUCACUUAUUUUAAUUGUAGAAAUUUCUUCAAGAUUGAGUGAAGCAGAAGUUUAUUGCAUGUUAUAUCCAUGCAUUAGACCCUAUUUCGAGUUUGAUGUAAAUUUUGAUCUUCCAUCAAUGAUUUCCAGUUGUAAACAACCAAUAUCAAGAUCAAUUUUUGAUUUGUUAUGUACGUGGUCUUUGAAGGCCUCCAAAACAUUAUUUUGGAAACGCAUUCCUAAUUCAUCUGUUGAUUCUUUUGGAUUUAACAACAUUACAUUUAUAACUAAAGAUUUUUCAGCAAAAUUCUAUGGUUUUAAUAAAUCAUUAAAAUCUACCAAGUCAGUUAUAAAAUCAUAUAAAGAUGAGGAAAUUCCAUUAACUGCAGAGGAUAAAAGUUGGAUAGAUAAAUUUAAAUCUAUGGAUCUAUCAUCUGAUGAAUUCUGGAAAUUGGCUAUUUUAAGAGGAUAUAUAUUGAGUAUCUCAAAAAAUAUUCGGAAGAAAACAGAACAUUUAAGUGCUACAGAAAAAGUAUAUUAUUCAAGAAGAAUUAAAUUACAAAAUGUUUAUCCAAAAACUGUAUUCUUCGAAGCUUCCUUUAACUCAGAAAAUUGUAAAUAUGAUACUAAUCUCAUUUUCAAUGACUAUUCUGAACAAAAUAAGCUAGAUGUUUCCUCAUCGCAAAGAGCACCUAAUAACUUAAUAUCUAUUAGAAACCUAAAUGGAUCAAUUAUGUUACCGACUAAAACAAACCCAACCACCACUUCAAAUUUCGAAAAUGUCACAGUCCAUUUACAAUCAAAAUAUAAGUCAUUUUCCCCUUACGCUAAGUAUGACCAAGCGUCAAUAUCUAAAGUUCAACCAUUCGUGGUUUCAAAUAGUUACGAAGGUUCAGAAGGAACAGUGCGUACUUUCUUAGAUAAAUAUGAGAUAUUAUAUCCUUUGCAUAAAUAUCCUGAGUUCGGAUCAAAUAUUGAAACGACUGUUAAUGAAUUUGACGUGAAUUCCUACAAAGGUCAGUUAAUAAUUAAUCUAACUCAAAAUGAUUUUAAUGAACUAUCGGUAUUAACUAUAUUACCAACGCAGUUUCCAUUAUUAAUAAUAGGUUUAUUUAAUGGAAGUUUAAAGUUAUGGAAUAUAUCUGAUAUUACUAAGUCUGAAUUUUAUUCCCCACAGUUAACAUAUGAUUGUUCAUCUGGGAUAGUGGAUAUUGCUAUUGUUCCAGGUUAUGAUGCGUUCAGUGUAUUGACUCAAGAUAAUACUAUUUUGGUAUUCAGAGUUAUACCAUCCAAGGCAGGAAAACUAAAUAACACACCCAUGAUAAGCUGCAUAAGGAAAUUCAAUGUUGAUAAAGAUUGUCAAAAUAUAUCCAUUAGAAAAAUAUCUGUAGUAUCUAUCAUUGGGAACACAUUUAUAGUAGCUCUUUCAAAAAGCUCUAACAUGUACUUCUACGAUAUUAAAACAACUGAACUUAUCCACGUCAUUCGAUUGCCCCCUGAAUACGGUGCUAUUAUUUCUUAUGAAAUUGAUUCGAAAUCUGAGAUACUGCUUGCAGGAACAACGCACGGUGUAAUAUGCAUGUGGGAUUUGAGAUUUUAUGUUCUUAUUAAAGCAUGGACUUUUGGUGACCAUACACCAAUUACAAAUAUAAAGUUAUUUACUGAAUAUUCAAAGAAUCACAUAAUUGUUGCGGGUGGUUCAAAGCAAGCUUCUUUGACAAUAUGGGAUUACUCUAGACAACAAUGCACAUAUGCUUUUGUGGGUUCAGACACCAACAUACCUAUAAAUAAUUUCAUAGCUCAUGAGAAAACUGAAGGAGCCAUUGAUGCAAAUAUGGAGAUGAUAAAUUUCGAAGAGACUUAUUUUCAAUCAUAUGGAACCGCUAUCUUUUUCACAACUAAUACUACCAGGGAUGUUACAAUAUUAGACAUAGCAAACAUUAAUUCUCCGAAGAGUGUUUUUUCAGGUUCAUUAAAAGAUUAUGGCUAUUAUUCUCUGGCAAUGAAUCCAAAUUUAACAUAUAUUGCUCGGAAGCAAAGCACUGAGAAACUGAAUACUAAUAUUCAAAACAUACAUAUGAAUUAUGUUACCUCAAUUAAUAUCGCAAAUUUUGAAGAUAAAAAAUAUGUCAUAUCCGCCGACAGUUCAGGUAUUGUCAAUAUAUAUGUUUAG